GCUUUUGGAUUCUGGUUUCUCUCGUCUUUCUCCUCCCUCUCCUGACUUUUCUUCUAGACAUCUCGCGGGUCUUAUCGACUCCAACAAGAACACACUACACACCAGCCAGCGAGAUAGCGAACGCUAGGAACCCAGUGGCCAUCUUUGGAGCGGCCAUGACGCUGGAUCAGAACCAUGCCAUGCCGAUGCAGCCCCCGGCCCUGCAGCCCGGAAGAGCAUAUGGAGCAGAGGGCAGUGCUGUGGUGCAUGGUUCCAUCAGAACAGUAGCAGGAGGCCCUACUCUUGCCUUGAAUGAGUGCCAGAUUUUGGUACAGCAGAAACCCCAGGGAGAUUCACGACUGCUGGCCUCUAAUCUGUGGAAGAAGCGACCUCGCAGAUCACGAGAUGGGCCUACGUCAGUGGCAGCUGUCAUCCAGCGGUGGGCUGAGCGCAACAAGCAUUUGGAGUAUGAGGAAUCUGAGGAGGCAAAGCGACCAAGAAAAGCACCUGCAAAGGGUUCAAAGAAGGGCUGUAUGAAGGGAAAAGGGGGGCCUGACAAUACUCAAUGUGGAUACCGUGGAGUGAGGCAGCGUACUUGGGGGAAGUGGGUUGCUGAAAUAAGAGAGCCAAAUCGUGUCGACAGACUCUGGCUGGGUACCUUCCCAACCGCGGAGGAUGCAGCUAGGGCCUAUGAUGAGGCAGCCAGAGCGAUGUAUGGAGACUUGGCACGGACUAACUUCCCCGGACAGGAUGCAACAACCUCUGCCCAAGCUGCUCUAUCAUCGACCUCUGCCCAGGCUGCUCCAACAGCUGUUGAAGCUCUUCAGACUGGCACGUCAUGCGAGUCGACAACGACAUCAAAUCACUCGGACAUCGCAUCCACCUCACACAAGCUUGAAGCCUCUGACAUCUCGAGCUACCUAAAGGAAAAAUGUCCAGCUGGAUCAUGUGGUAUCCAAGACGGCACACCCAUUGUAGCUGACAAGGAGGUCUUUGGGCCGUUGGAGCCUAUCACAAAUCUUCCAGAUGGUGGUGAUGGUUUUGAUAUCGGUGAGAUGCUGAGGAUGAUGGAAAGCGAUCCACAUAAUGCAGGUGGAGCCGACGCUGGCAUGGGACAGCCCUGGUAUCUUGAUGAGCUGGAUUCGAGUGUCUUAGAGAGCAUGCUCCAGCCGGAGCCGGAGCCAGAGCCAGAGCCAUUCCUGAUGUCUGAAGAACCGGACAUGUUUCUUGCUGGCUUCGAAAGCGCUGGUUUCGUCGAGGGUCUGGAGCGGCUAAACUGAAUUUCUGAUGUUUGACCGUUGAUCCUCAUCCCACUUCAUGUCUGAGCUUGUGAAUUCGGAGGCAAACAUUGGCAGAACUUAUAAGCUCUAGCAAUUCUAGGCUUUACAUUCCUCUGUGAUAGUUCUCUAUGCAUGGGAACUGGGUUUGCUUCACAAUUUUUGUAAGACCAGAAGUGAUGUAAAUAGUUCCCACCUUGUGGAAGGACAAGAAAAAAAUAAAUAAAAAGAGUGCUUGCUUUCGUUCCUUA